UUUUUAAACUACAACUCCCAUGAAGCACCUGGAACAAGGAAGAGCGAAAUCUCGGAUUCAGACGUGUUCAGCUGAAACCGGAGUUUGUGUGAAAGCGCAAGAAGUCGGACACACAAACCGCUGCCGUUAUGCAAACAUGCUCCGUUCAUUGUCCCGUUUGAUUAAGUGACACAUCUUCCACCGAGUUUUUCCCGCCGUGAACACCAUGGGGCCCGUGUUUGCCGUUGUUCUUGUUUUUGUCGGCUGUUGUAGCAAUGUGGUGUUUCUGGAGCUGCUUGUGAGAGAUUUUCCAGGAUGCGGCAACAUAGUCACCUUUGCUCAGUUUGUCUUCAUCGCACUGGAAGGUUUCAUCUUUGAAACAAACUUUGGACGCAAGAAACCAGCAAUACCUAUUAGUAACUAUGUGAUCAUGGUGACCAUGUUCUUCACUGUCAGUGUGAUCAACAACUACGCUCUCAACUUCAACAUCGCCAUGCCUCUACACAUGAUCUUUAGAUCAGGAUCACUAAUCGCUAACAUGAUCCUGGGAAUAAUCAUCCUGAAGAAAAGAUAUUCGGCCAGCAAAUAUCUGUCUAUAGCCUUAGUUUCUGCAGGUAUCUUCAUCUGCACCAUCAUGUCUGCCAAACAAGUGAAUGUGUCAAAUGAGGGUUCAGAAGACCAAAGCUUUUACGCCUUUAUGCACUGGCUUAUAGGUAUUGCCAUGUUGACCUUUGCCCUGCUGAUGUCUGCGAGGAUGGGCAUUUUUCAGGAGACGCUGUAUAAGAAGUAUGGAAAACACUCCAAAGAGGCGCUCUUCUACAAUCACUGCCUGCCUCUGCCGGGCUUCCUGCUUCUCUCUACAAAUAUCUACAACCACUGCGUCCUCUUCAGUCAGAGCACUCCCGUGCUGAUUCCUGGGGUCGAACUGAGCGUGCCGAUAAUGUGGAUCUACCUGCUGAUCAAUGUCAUCACACAGUACGUGUGCAUCCGUGGUGUUUUCAUCCUGACCACCGAGUGCGCCUCACUGACGGUCACGCUGGUGGUGACGCUCAGGAAGUUCCUCAGCCUCAUCUUCUCCAUCAUUUAUUUCCAAAACCCCUUCACCGCCUGGCACUGGGUGGGGACGGCCGUGGUCUUCGUCGGUACUCUUCUGUACACGGAGGUGUGGAGCAGCGUGCGGGCGGCUCUACGGGGACCCGACGCCAAAGAGAAGAAGGCAGAGUGACGAAUCAGAGAAUGGCGGUGGACAGAAAAUCAGUUAUCUUGUUGGACGUAGAGUGAUGUUGUUAUCCUGCAGCAGUUUUAUACAAUUUUAGGGUCAUUUAGAUUUAUACUUGAUUACACGGUGCGCAGUCAUACACUACCUGAACAGUUUAAAGGAUGGUGGUGUUCUGCAUUUUUAUUGUUGUCAGCAAAUCCCAUGAACAGAUCAAAUCCAGCAGAGUAAACAUUCCUUCACACAUACUAGACAAACUAGUCGGCCGUAGCUCUCAUAAUCUGGGGUCUAUUUUGUUGAGUGUUUACAUUCUCUGCUACAUCUGGUCUUUUGUACCAAGACAUGUCUCGCUGCACAUUUUGUUUCUUGAGUUCACCACACAAUAAGCUAAAAACUGGUUUUAAAAAGCUUUUGUAGCUGAUGCAUGAAACUGAUUGAAUUGGAACAGUGACAUCAAUGUGAGCUAGCUUGGAUGUUGCUCACAGCCAGGCUGAUUAUUAAAAAUCAGCACAGAUUUAUUGCUAGGAGGUUUUUGAGUCAGUUGAGCCAGAUCUCAUUCAUGACAGAUUUUUUUUUUAAUUUUAAUUCCACGUGUGUAUGAAUCUGUAUUUUGUCUGUCUGUGCUCUCUGACUCCAAGCACCAAGCCCAUUUGCUGUGAAUGAAGAUGUAGAUCUCUAAAAGCAGCUGUAGUCAAUAUUUUUACAGUACUUGAUCACAUGACUGCUUGAUUAUGGUGAUGAACCCACAGAAAGUUUUCAUCCUCUCUCCAGGCCCAAAGAGAUACAUGGCAUCUUAUACCCCAGAACUUGUUUUUCUUGUGCUUGAUUGCAGAAAGAUGUAAAAAAUGACUUGCUGUCAGCUUCCUGUCAAGCAUUUUACCACAAACUUGAAGAGUGAUUAUUAGUCAGAUUAAUUAGUUGGGUUUUUUUUCAUACAAAAUCCAUAAACAUUCCUUGUUUCCACUUGACAAACAGACUCUAGGUAAAGAUGUUUUCAGUGUUUAAUCUGUUAUAAUUAUAAUGAUAGAUUUGAAGGGGAAAGAAAUAUCUGUUUGCAGCAUGUAUAUGCUGUGUCCACAGUUUUACUGCCCCAUAUGGCCAAAACGUCAGAUUUUCAGACUUAGUCCCACUUUUCCAGCCGGUGUCAUUUAACAAAAUCAUUUCUGAAUACAGCUGGAGACUGUUUUUAUCAGGACGAGUGAAUAUUUUUAUUUUGUAGGUACUGUUUGAAGUGUGUGAUUGGGGGUCUGGUGAGAGCUUUUUCAGCCAGUGCAACAGUGUGGGUCAGUGUUGUGUUGUAAUACUUUGGCUACACAGAUUCUGGGUUUGGUCUUUUCAUUGGAUUUGCUAACAAUAGGAAAAAUACGAAUACUCUCAUACUUACGUGUUUUAACAUUAGUACCUCGUUAUGGUGCGUUCACAGACACAAAUUCAGUGCCACUUUUCUUUUUUGUCUAUGACGUUGUUUGGAUAUUUAUUUUUUUAGCCUCUAGCUGCUCCAGGUUCGUGUUCAUUUUACGGACUUCACCGAUUCAUGUGUGAAGAGCUGCUGGAGUCAGAUUGCGUGAUUAGAUAGGGGGACAGGUUAUGCAGUGCAUAUAGUCCCCGUGUCCUUGUCAUAUUGUCUCAGGUGUAUUUGUCAACAAUAAAUCUUUACACUCCCUGGCGACUGAAAUUAAAGUGGCAACAUAACUGAAG